AUGGUCCCAGCGAGCAUAAAAGCCAUUGAGAUUAUUGAUUAUAAUUUGGUUAAUAUUUUUCAUUGUGGGUGUGUCAUAGCAGAAAUACGUGACUACAGACAAUCUGGGAAUAUGAAAUCUCCAGGUUACCAAAGUAGGCAUAUUCUCUUACGUCCAACAAUGCAGACUUUAAUCUGUGAUGUUCAUUCUAUAACAAGUGAUAACCAUAAAUGGACACAAGAAGACAAACUUCUCCUUGAGAGCCAGCUUAUCUUAGCCACAGCAGAACCAUUGUGUCUUGAUCCGUCUAUAGCAGUGACCUGUACUGCAAACAGAUUGCUCUAUAAUAAACAGAAGAUGAAUACGAGACCAAUGAAACGAUGUUUCAAGAGAUACUCUAGGUCUUCCCAGAAUCGGCAGCAGGAUGUGUCCCACUCUACAGCUCCCCCACAGCUAAGAUUGCUUGAUUACUUGCAGAAAAAGAAAAAGAGAGAAAAACAGCCCAGCAGUAGAACCUCAAAAUUUCUAAGCAGGAAAUUGUGUGGAUAUGUGGAAACAGAACCCCUGUUAUUUGACUAUACCUUCAGAAGUGGAUACUUUUAUUCAUUGCUCUACAAUCCUGUGUUUUGUUGGUUUGACGUUUUAGGUGGAAAAGAGAUAAAAGAAGAUUAUGUAUUUGAAUGUGAAGUUGGUAAUCAGUUUCAGAAAACAAAGCUAACCAUUUUUCAGUCACUUGGCAAUCCACUUUACUAUGGUAAAAUACAGACUUAUAGAAGUGAUGAAGAAACUGAGCGCCCGAUGUCACCAACCCAGUUCCUUAUUGGAUCAAAGACUGACGCUGAAAGGCCCGAGAGUUUAUUGAUUCAACCAUCAGUGUUGGGAAAGGGAGUAAAACAUCGGCCUCCACCCAUUAAACUUCCUUCAAGUUCAGGAAGUAGCUCUUCAGGAUCUGGAACUCCUAAGCCAUCUAACUCCUACACCAACCCCUUCAUCGACCCCCACACCCUCCUGAUGCUCAGAGCUCAACUCCUAUUACCCCUUGUGCCACCCCUACUCCCCAAGAUUCAGGCUUCACCCCUCAGCCCACUUUACCCCGUAUGCUCCAGCAGCAAAUGUCUCUGA